AUGCUCUCCUCCUCGAGAUUUUCUUCCCUUUGCAAAAAUCGUGCUGCUCUCGGACAACAACUGCUCUUCAAGAAGAAGGCUUGUCCCAUCACCAACACCUGUUCUUCUUUUAAUUUAUUCUCAUCAUCAAAUACUUCAUUAUUUUCUACAUUUAAUCAAUCCCGUGAUAAGAGUACUCUUCUCCUUAUUGAACACAAUGAAAAACAAAUUAAUCCUUCCGUGUUCAGUGCUCUCAAGGCUGCUAAACAAUUAAAAUCUGACCAAUUGUUGGGUUUUAUUGUUACAAAGAACGCAUCACUUGUAAAGGAAUUGACUCAAUAUUUCAACAAAGUGAUCCAUGUCAAUGAAGAGUAUCAUGUUGCUGAAGAAUAUGAACAAGUUCUAUUGGGAUAUAUUAAUAAGAGUAAUGAUGGAAUUUCUCAUAUUCUUGCUCCGCACACAGUGUUUGGUAAGAAUAUUCUUCCUAAAUUGGGUGCAACAUUGAAAUCACAACCCAUUGUUGAUGUGGUUCAGAUUUUGAAUGAAUAUGAAUUCAUAAAACCAAUCUAUGCUGGUAAUGCGAUGGCACAAAUUCAGUUCAAACCAAAAGAAACUAAAUCAUUGAUCUUGACCAUUCGUCCAACAUCAUUUGAUAAGGAUUAUUCAACAGUUGGUGGUGAUUCACAAGUGGUUGAAUAUGGUGAUGCUUCAACGAGUACCACCAAUUCAACUCGUCAAAUUCCAAAAUUAUUGAGUUCAAGUGGUGCUGGUGAAAGUGAUGCUUCCAAGAGACCUGAUCUCUUACAGGCCCAACGUAUUGUUUCUGGUGGUCGUGGUCUCAAGAAUGGUGACAAUUUCAAACUUCUCUACGAUUUGGCAGAUACUAUUGGUAAUUGUGCUGUUGGUGCGACACGUGCUGCUGUCGAUGAUGGAUAUGUUCCAAAUGAUAUGCAAGUGGGUCAGACUGGUAAAGUGGUUGCACCAGAGUUGUACAUUGCUGUUGGUGUGAGUGGUGCUAUUCAACACUUGGCUGGUAUGAAAGAUAGUAAAGUCAUUGUGGCCAUUAAUAAGGAUAAGGAAGCACCAAUCUUCCAAGUGGCUGAUUAUGGAGUGGUUGGAGAUUUAUUCCAAGUCGUUCCUGAAAUGACUGAAGCUUUGAAAAAGAAGUAA